AUCCUCGAGUUCUAUCAAUUUGCCACCAAGCUGGACGUCGCCCUGCUGCUCCUCGCCGUGGUCAUCUCGUGCUCGGCAGGCGCGGCGAUGCCGCUGAUGCAGUGGGCAUUCUCACGCACCAUCGGCUCGCUCGGCUCCAUCAACCUCAACUCGACUGGCAUCGACAACUCCAACAUCCUGCUGUUCGUCUACAUUGGCUGCGGCUCGUGGGUGGCGCAGUUCUGCUACCGCUCGCUGUCGGACAUCAGCAAGUCGCGCCAGCUGACGCGCUACCGCAAGGAGUACAUCAAGGCGAUCGUGCGGCAGGACCCUGGCUGGUUCGACCUCAACUCGCCGCAGGAGCUCUCGACGCGGAUCGGAGAGGCGAUGACGUUGAUCGAUGGCGGGCUCGGCUCCAACGCGCUGCAGCUCUUCGAGCUGCUGGGCGGCGGGAGCGCGGCGGUCGCGCUCGCCUUCUCCUUUGAGUGGCGCGUCACCCUCAUCUGCCUCGCCGUCUCUCCGCUCCUCGCUUUCUCCCCCGACGCGAACGCUUCGUCUAGGCGCGUGCUCGCCCGCUCGACCGCGCGCAUCCAGGACGCGUACGGCCGCGCGGGCGGCGUCGCGUCCGAGGCGCUCACGGCGAUCCGCACCGUCGCCGCCCUGGGCGCCGAGCAGUCUUUCCAGCAGCGGUACGAGGCCAACCUCGCCGCCGCCGAGCGCGUCGGCAUCCGGUCGACGGUGUGCGUCGGCUUUGCGCGCGGGCUGCUGCUCAGCGCGGGGAGCUUCAUGAUCGCUGCCGGCCUGCUGUACGGCGGGACUCGCCUCGCGGUGCGCGCUCCACCCGCCUCCCGACAGCGCCCACUUCCUUCGAGCCCCCGCGACUCGCCUCAGGCCCCCGACCUGAUCGAGAAGCUCGUCAAGGCGCGCCGCGCCGCGCACAGCGUGCUCGAGACGAUCCGGCGGCGCCCCUUCAUCGACUCGUUUGCAGAGGGCGGCCUCGUCCCCACCAAGCCAGCCAGCGGCGCCGUCGAGGUGGUCGACGUGCACUUUGCCUACCCGGCGGCGCCGGCGGUCAAGGUGUGCUGCGGCUACUCGCUCUCGAUCGGCGCGGGGCAGACGGUGGCGCUGUGCGGCCCGUCGGGCAGCGGCAAGUCGACCGUCAUCGCGCUGCUCGAGCGCUUCUACGACCCGCAGGGCGGCGCGAUCACCCUCGACGGCGUCGACAUCCGCACGCUCAACCUGCGCUGGCUCCGCUCGCAGCUGGGGCUGGUGGGGCAGGAGCCGGUCCUCUUCGAGGGCACGGUGGGCGAGAACAUCGCGUACGGCAAGGAGGGCGCCUCGGAGGAGGAGGUUCGCGAGGCGGCCGGGCUGGCCAACGCGCACGACUUCGUCGUCCGGCUCGCGGGCGGGUACGAGACGCAAGUCGGCCUCGGCGGCGGCAAGCUGUCGGGCGGCCAGAAGCAGCGCAUCGCCAUCGCGCGCGCGAUCGUGCGGCGGCCGGCGGUGCUGCUGCUCGACGAGGCGACGUCGGCGCUCGACAACGAGAGCGAGCGGGUCGUGCAGGCGGCGCUGGACUCGAUCAUGGCGCAGCAGCGGCGGACGACGGUCACGAUCGCGCACCGCCUCUCGACGAUCCGCCACGCGGACAAGAUCGCGGUGGUGAGCGGCGGGCGGGUGGUGGAGGAGGGCACGUACGACGAGCUCAUGGGGAGCGGCGAGGAGGGCGUCUUCUUCCAGCUGGCGAGGCGGUACGAGGCGGCCGCGCAGGAGGACGCCACGGCGGCGUCGGCCGGUGGCGCGACAGCGCCCCCGAUGCUGGCAGAGCGCAGCAGGUCGUCGGGGCGCGGGAGGCGGCGCAGCCGUUCGCUCUCCACGCUGCUGACAGCCAGCCUGAGCAUGCGCAGCGACGAGCUCACCUCUGCCCUCGAGAGGGGAACCGAGGCGGAGGCGGAGGGGGAGGGGGAGGAGGAGGAGGCGCCGGCCGAGCCCAAGCCCACCAACGUGGUGAGCCGGCUGUUUGCGAUGCGCAGCACCGGCGACGGCCUACUGUACGUCCUCGGCACCCUCUUCGCAGCCGUCUCGGGUGCGACGAGCAUCUUCACCUCGUACGUCUUCACCAAGCUGAUCGGCAUCUUCUUCAACCCCGACCCGGACGAGAUCCAGCAGCAGACGCUCCUGUACGGCUCGCUGCAGCUCGCCCUCUCCACGCUGAUGGUCGUCUCCUCCACUCUCGAAACGGCGUGCUUCGGCACAGCCGGCGAGCACCUGACGCGCACGCUGCGCGCGCGCUCGAUGCGCAGCUUGCUCCGCCAGGCGCGCGCUCAGCGCACGGCCCGCGAGAUCGCCUUCUUCGACGACGACGCAAACUCUGCCGGCGAGCUCACCUCCUUCCUCGGCGCAAACGUGGCCCUUGUCCAGUCGCUGCUCGGCGAGCGGCUCAACACGUUCGUCAAGGCGGUGAUGCUCCUCGCGGUCGGCAUCGGGCUGAUGUUUGCCGUCGGCUUUUGGGAGGUGACGCUGAUGAUCCUCUUUGCGGCGCUGCCCCUGCUCGUGAUGAUCUACGCCACCCUCUUCGUCGUCCUCGGCCUCGCCAAGGGGGCCAAGGCCAAGGGCAAGAGGGAGGCGGUCGACGGCGCGGGCGCGAUGAUCGGCGAGAUCGUCACGGGCAUCCGCACCGUCGCCUCCUUCAACGCCGAGCACCGCUUCUUCCGUGAGUACUGCGCGCGCGUGGAUGCGCAGGCGGCCCUCGACCGGCGGUCCGCGGUCAAGAACGCUUUCGCCGCCGGCGCAGCCUUCGGCAUGAUGAUGUUCCUGCUCGCCGGAGUGUUCAAGUGGUCGAGCCAGGUGGGGCUGUGGCGGCUGCACGGCCUGACACUAGCCGACGUCCUCCGCGUCGACUCGGACGGUUGCGUGCACAUCAACUUCGACCUCUUCCAGGGCAUGUUCAUCCCAAUCAUGGUCAUGUUUGGGAUCGCCCCCCCCCUCUCGGCCACGUUUGCGAAUGCCACCGACGCGACGGCCUCGGGCAACGCCGCUCGCCGCCUCUUCACGGCACUCGACCGCGCCUCCCUCCUCGACCCUACCUCCGCUGGCGGCGAGAGCGGCCAAGUCGUGCGCGGCGCCGUCGAGGUGGUCGACGUGCACUUUGCCUACCCGGCGGCGCCGGCGGUCAAGGUGUGCUGCGGCUACUCGCUCUCGAUCGGCGCGGGGCAGACGGUGGCGCUGUGCGGCCCGUCGGGCAGCGGCAAGUCGACCGUCAUCGCGCUGCUCGAGCGCUUCUACGACCCGCAGGGCGGCGCGAUCACCCUCGACGGCGUCGACAUCCGCACGCUCAACCUGCGCUGGCUCCGCUCGCAGCUGGGGCUGGUGGGGCAGGAGCCGGUCCUCUUCGAGGGCACGGUGGGCGAGAACAUCGCGUACGGCAAGGAGGGCGCCUCGGAGGAGGAGGUUCGCGAGGCGGCCGGGCUGGCCAACGCGCACGACUUCGUCGUCCGGCUCGCGGGCGGGUACGAGACGCAAGUCGGCCUCGGCGGCGGCAAGCUGUCGGGCGGCCAGAAGCAGCGCAUCGCCAUCGCGCGCGCGAUCGUGCGGCGGCCGGCGGUGCUGCUGCUCGACGAGGCGACGUCGGCGCUCGACAACGAGAGCGAGCGGGUCGUGCAGGCGGCGCUGGACUCGAUCAUGGCGCAGCAGCGGCGGACGACGGUCACGAUCGCGCACCGCCUCUCGACGAUCCGCCACGCGGACAAGAUCGCGGUGGUGAGCGGCGGGCGGGUGGUGGAGGAGGGGACCCACGACGAGCUCAUGGCGUUGGGGAGCGGCGGCGCCUACGUCCAGCUGACGCUCGCCCAGUCGACCCACCCCUCCACUGGCGGGAGCGCAUGAGUAGCAGCGAGUCGCGCCCUAGGUCGUACGAGCCCAGAGACGCUCACACGUGCUCUACGUUUGGAUUUGUACGGUUGUGUGGCGAGCCGACACACGUGGGACGUCCACUUGCGUCUGCACGGCCAUUUGCUCUUUCUUGAUUUGUGGAGAGGGGAUUGAGUUUUUCGCGUUCUGUGUGUGAUUCCACGUGUUCACGCUUUUGAUGCACGUCUUGUCCAGUUGAGCCUUACUGUAUACCUACUGCUCGUGUC